GUGCCCUCUGACCCCUCCCCCUCAACCUUAAAUCCAUCCCCCCUUCAGUGUCAGAGGAAAAGAAGCAGCCAUCCCUCCCUCUCAAUCACUUCCACUUCUGUCUCCAUUUAGCAGCCUUCACCACCACAGGAGAACUGUCUUCCCCUGAGGAAGAAUACAGGUAGAAGGAGACUGCCAUUGUCCCCGGGACUAACCCACACACACAGAAAUGAAUCGCAUGGAGCUCCAGAGGGUCAGCACUCAGGCAGAUGAUGACAGUACAGACAGCCUGGAUGAACAGUUCGCUGAGCACCUUGACUUGGAGAAAGUGACAAUCAACAGUCAAUUCUGUGAUGAAGAUGAUGCUGAGAGCCAGAAAUUUCUUACUAAUGGAAUUCUGAAAAAGAAAAACUUUGAAGAAUAUCAUGAGGAAUAUCACCCUGGACACACCUCUUUUGGGAUGUCUGUCUUCAAUCUUAGCAAUGCCAUCAUGGGCAGUGGGAUCCUGGGCCUGUCCUACGCCAUGUCCAACACAGGGAUCCUUCUGUUUGUGUUCCUUCUCUUGGGUGUGGCCAUACUUUCCCUGUAUUCGAUCCAUCUUCUCCUAGUGACUGCAAAGGAGGGAGGGUCUCUGAUCUACGAGAAGCUGGGUGAGAGAGCUUUUGGCUGGCCUGGAAAAAUGGCUGCAUUUGGGUCCAUAAGUCUGCAGAACAUAGGAGCCAUGUCAAGCUAUCUCUUCAUUGUGAAGUAUGAACUUCCUGAAGUUAUCCGUGCAUUUCUGGGUCUGGAGGAGAUAUCUGGUGAGUGGUACCUAAAUGGAAACUACUUGGUGGUUUUGGUUUCAAUUUGCAUCAUCCUGCCGCUCUCUUUCCUCAAAAACCUUGGUUACCUUGGAUAUACCAGUGGGUUCUCAUUAUCCUGUAUGGUCUUCUUCUUGGGAGUGUUGAUUUAUAAGAAGACACAGCUUCCUUGCCCUCUUCCUUUUUUCUAUCACCACUCUCCCAACCUGACCAUGAACAGUUCCAUGCUCCACAAUGGUACUGGCAUUCUGAAGUUUUCCCAGACUGAAACUACUAUCCACCUGGACCUGCCAGUCACUGCUCACACCACCGACAUCUAUUCCGAGCCUCACAGCCAUGAUGAUGAGGACAUGUGUCGGCCCAAGUACUUUAUUUUCAACUCACAGACGGCAUAUACUGUACCCAUCCUGGCAUUUGCAUUUGUGUGCCACCCUGAGGUCCUGCCCAUCUACAGCGAGUUGAAAGACCGUUCCCAGAGGAAGAUGCAGAAUGUCUCCAACCUGUCCAUCUUAGCCAUGCUGAUCAUGUACAUGCUGUCAGCACUGUUUGGAUACCUCAUGUUCUAUGAUAAUGUGGAGGCAGAGCUACUGCAUACCUUCACCAAGGUAUACAAGUUUGACACUCUUCUUCUUCUGGUGCGCCUGGCUGUGCUGACUGCUGUCACACUAACUGUUCCUAUUGUCCUAUUCCCUAUUCGAUCGUCCAUUAUAACUCUGGCAUUUGGAAAUCAAGAGUUUAGCUGGAUUCGGCAUAUCCUCAUUGCUGCCGCAAUCCUGGUUUUCAACAACAUGCUUGUGAUAUUUGUGCCAACCAUCCGAGAUAUAUUUGGUUUCAUUGGCUCCUCUGCUGCCACUAUGCUGAUAUUCAUCCUACCAGCCGCCUUCUACCUCCGACUUGUUGACACUGUUCCCUUGCGUUCACCUCAGAAGAUAUCAGCGGCCAUUUUUCUGGCUGUGGGCGUGGUUUUCAUGAUUGUAAGCCUUUCACUGAUUGUCCUGGACUGGAUCCAUAACCCACCUGGCUCUGGAGGUCACUAGAGUCCUCGGAGCAGAAGGCAGCCUGCAUUCACAGACCCAAAGACAGAGGUUUGGUUGCAGCCAUUCAAAAUCAAGGUCCUUCUAGAGCACCCAUUGGCCGAACUCAACACAUCCCCACAAUUUCUGCAUUUGUGAACAGUAGAAGGAUGUUCAGAAGAACUCCCUGUCAAAGCUUAUUAAGGAGGAAUUUUAUUCAUUUUUCAUCAUAAACUUGCACUCACAGGGUCAACUGGUUUUUGGAUGUUUGUAUGAUUUAGUUUUAAUCUACCCUGCAAUGUAGUCAAGUGAGGACAGCUAGAGAUUGUGUGUUGACCAGUCAGAUGGCUAUUGUCAUUUCCUGGAGAAAAGUGUAUCUAGCAUUACUGCACAUGCUUUUACAUUAAUCUCUUCCUCCAGGCCCUCAAAAUGAUCACGUCCAAAUUAGUGUUGUUAGGAAAGGAACAUUUUUAGCCCUCACCUAUCCCAACAUACACGCAUGCGCACACACGCUCGCACGCACACACAAAUUUAAAUGAAAACACAAUUCAAGGGGCUGUCUUGUCCUGCAUCAUGCGUUUUUCCCCAAUUAUCUAGAAAACGAUGAGAAUUUUCUUCAAUUUAAAAGAGAACUGCAGAUUUAAUCAGGCCCUGCAAUAUGAAACUGCCAACAUACUCACCGUGUGUAAGAAUCUCUGAAAAGAAUACGGUUGUCUUUUCUCCUGAUGGUGAAGGCCACGUUCAAUGUUCAGCUAGCUAGUGUUCAAAAUUUUACCUGGAAAUGAAUGACAUUUUAUUGUUUGUAUUUAAAGUUAAGAAUGACCUUCACAUUCGUAACUGUCAUUCAAUCUUAUGGCCGGCUUUGUGGGAGUUUCACUGAAUUUGUGCCCAGAAACACAAGGACACACUGCAUGACAGUCCAGACAAAGAAACAAAUGACAUCGCAAGAUGUAUAAAAGUGCAUAUUCAUAUCUUGGUUCACAGUAAUGAAAGGUCAUUUAGUACUGGAGACAAGGAUUUUAGUCAGUAUUUCUUGAAAAUAUUCAUUUUGAAUGUUCUUAAGAAAAUAUGAAGGACUACUGGAGGAAAUAUUAUAUAUUGCUACUAUUGUGCAUUACUUCUUAUACAGGUGAAACUCGAAAAAUUUGAAUAUCAUGCAAAAGUUCAUUUAUUUCAGUAAUUCAACUAAAAAGGUGCAACUAAUAUAUCAUAUAGACUCAUUACAUGCAAAAUGAGAUAUUCCAAGCCUUUAUUUCUUAUAUUUUUAAUGAUUAUGGCUUAAAGCUCAAGAAAACCCCAAAUUCAAAAUCUCAGAAAAUUAGAAUAUUAUGGAAAGGUUCAAUAGGCUCAAAGUGUCACACUCUAAUCAGCUAAUUAAUCCAAAACACCUGCAAAGGGUUCCUGAGCCUUUAAAUUGUCUCAGUAUGGUUCAGUAGAAUUCACAAUCAUGGGGAAGACUGCUGACCUGACUGUUGUGCAGAAAACCAUCAUCGACACCCUCCACAAGGAGGGAAAGCCUCAAAAGGUAAUUGCAAGAGAAGUUGGAUGUUCUCAAAGCACAUUAAUAGAAAGUUAAGUGGAAGGAAAAAGUGUGGAAGAAAAAGCACAAGCAGCAGGGAUGACCGCAUCCUGGAGAGGAUUGUCAGGGAAAAGGCCAUUCAAAAGUGUGGGAGAGCUUCACAAGGAGUGGACUGGGGCUGGAGUUGAUGUCAGAUGUCGUAUUCCUCUUGUGAAGCCGCUCCUGAAUAACAAACAAUGCCAGAAGCGUCUUACCUGGGCUACAGAAAAAAAGAACUGGUCUGUUGCUCAGUGGUCCAAAGUCCUCUUCUCUGAUGAGAGCAAAUUUUGUAUCUCAUUUGGAAACCAAGGUCCCAGAGUCUGGAGGAGGAAUGGAGAUGCACACAAUCCAAGCAGUGCCACAGGCUGAUUGCAUCCAUGCCACGCCGCAUUGAGGCAGUAAUUCAUGCAAAAGGGGCCCAAACCAAGUACUGAGUACAUAUGCAUGAUUAUACUUUUCAGAGGGCCGACAUUUCUGUAUUUAAAAUCCUUUUUUGAUUGAUUUCAUGUAAUAUUCUAAUUUUCUGAGAUUUUGAAUUUGAGGUUUUCAUAAGCUGUAAGCCAUAAUCAUCAAAAUUAUAACAAAUAAAGGCUUUGAAAUAU